CUCUGACUUGCUUCUUGUGUUUGCGGUAAGAUUCAGUUGCUGCACGUGAGAAGUAUGGAUAUGGACCACGCCGAUACGCUGAAGUCAGAUAAGGCAUGGGGCAUGGCUCCUAAGCAAACCAAUUGGGGCAUAUGGCCCUAAAAUGAGAGAGCCGCGCAGGGCGCGCGGUAUGUGCAGGCCGAAUCAUUAGAAUUUUCCAGCCAUAUUUCAUGUCUGCAGUUUGACUGUGCAGCUGCAUGCCACGGCGCAGGCUCGUGUAGGCGAUAUCAUGAUGGCGAGCGCUAUAUAAUAAGAAGAAUCCCACCUCCUACGCAGACAUGAUUAAUUUCAACCAUCUACGCCUUUCUAAUUUCAAACCAGGCCUUCUGCUGCAUCUGUCUCGACCGACUCUCCGCGGACAAGCCACCGACAUCUCAUCCUAAAUAAGGAAAUCUUUCAGCUCUUGGCAUUGCAUCGACUAGCGCACCAUGGCUUCUAGAGAUCUCCCCCAUUCUUUCCUGGAGGCUCUCUUUGGCUGGGCCAAGAAAAUCCCAGAGGAAACGUCGUUCCAUCCCGAACAGGAAAUCGAUGAGAACGGAGAGGUCAAAAGAGUGCAGGCCAAAAACUUGUGGCCCGCAUUUGUUUCCGGAGCCGGCCUUUUUUCCGACGGAUAUGUGAACAACUCGAUUUCUACCGUGACCACGUGUCUCGCCAUCACAUACGGAGACCAGUACACCGAGUCCAACGCCAUUUCUAAUAUUUCUGCCAUUGCGUUCGCCGGCACUGUGAUCGGCCAGUUGACGUUCGGCUACAUUUCAGAUCAUGUGGCGCGGAAAGGCGGCAUGUUGAUUGCAAACCUUCUUUUGAUUUUCUUCACUCUUCUCUGUGCCGUCGCCACAUGGGGAAAGACGCCUGAGGGCUUGUUUGCUGCACUCACGACAUUCCGGUUUUUCUUGGGCAUUGCCAUUGGUGCGGAGUACCCGACGUCGUCCGUGAUUGCCUCUGAAUUUGCCAACCAGUUGCCUCCGGGCCACCGGAACCGGUAUUUCUGCUGGUUCACGAACUUCACCAUAGAUGCUGGAUUUGUCGUGUCGGCCUUUGUGCCGUUGGUGUUGCUUUGGAUCUUCUCGGAAGACCACUUGUCGCCCGUGUGGAGAUUGACCGUGGCCCUCGGUGUGUUUCCUCCCUUGGCGCUUUUCUUCAUGAGACGCAAAAUGAAGAAUUCCGACUCGUACGAGAAGCUCAACAUGAAGUCCGUCAAGAAGUUCCCCUUCUGGCUCGUGUUCAAGUUCUACUGGUUCCGCUUGGCCGUGGUGUCGACGAUCUGGUUUGUCUACGACUUUUCGGUCUACUCAUUUGGGCUCUAUUCGUCCUUCAUCCUCACCCAGAUCUUGCCUGGUGACGACAUCUAUAAGGCGUGGGGCUGGAACGUAGUGUUCAACUUGUUCUACAUCCCGGGCUCGUUUUUGGGAGGGUUUUCGACGGAUUUCUUGGGGCCCCGUCUCACGUUGUUCAUUGGGCUUGCGUGCCAAGGUGUCAUUGGCAUGGGCAUGACUGCAGGAUACGCCCACUUGAAAAACCACAUUGGUGCUUUCGUGGUGGUGUACGGUAUUUUCAUCACCUUGGGUGAGUUUGGUGCAGGCAACAACGUCGGUGUGUUGGCCUCGAAAACAUCGGCCACGCCCAUCAGAGGCCAGUACUACGGAAUCGCCGCGGCCAUUGGAAAAGUCGGUGCUUUUGUGGGCACGUACAUUUUCCCCAUCAUCAUCAAGAACAACGGAGGCUACGACAGCGACAGAGGAAUCACCACGGCGUUCUACAUUUCGUCCGGCUUGAGUUUCUUUUCUGCAUUCCUUGCGUUGUUCCUCUGUCCUUCUAUUGGCCAGGAUUCCAUCGACAAGGAGGACAAGGCUUUUGUCGAGUACUUGAGGGCAAAUGACUAUGACAUUUCGCAGAUGGGCAACGGCGAGGUGGUGCAAGACUACGAGAGUCACCUUUCGGAGGACGAGAAGGCCAAAAGUGUCAAUGUGCAAGAGUCCAGCAUCUAAGCUGUGGCUGCACGGUGGUCGAUAGACAUGUGUACAUACUAAUACUAUAUUAAUCUAGAGUCGUGAACCUGAGUUGUGGCCCAACGCAACAGGAUGUAUAUAUCAUUUGCCCAGCGAAGAAAAUGGACGUGAAGGCACCACCAGUUGUACUGAAACAGAAGCAAGCUUCUUUUUGUUUUUAUUUGGGUGGUGGUGAAAGAUUGGGAGUGGCAUCAUAUAGUACAGAUGCAUGUUUUCUCCGGAUCGUGGUUGUGAGAUACUGCUCGGAAUAAUCUGACGUUACGCUACAAAAUACACGUGAAGCUUGGUACCACGAACGGCUUUAGUGGAUUCGACUUGGAGAAAACUUGAAUUCCACUCCAGUCUUUUGCACCUGCGGCAAAAGAAUCGACUGGUUAUCAUUCACUUAUUAAAAGAAGAGGCAUACUCAUUUGCUCCAAAACAAAUCAGACAUGCAUGUUCACUAGCCG